AUGAACACUACUAAUGCAGUUAAGAAAACUCAAGGGCGUAGGAAAAUUGCAAUCAAGCCAAUAGACAAUCAAAACAGUAGGCAUGUUACUUUCUCUAAACGCCGUUUAGGACUUUUCAAGAAAGCUAGUGAACUUUGCAUCUUAAGUGGUGCAGAAAUCGCUAUUUUAGUUCAGUCACUAAAAAGACAGCGUCUUUUCACCUUUGGUCAUCCCAAUGCUGACGCGGUCAUUGACCGUUACCUCACAGGAAAAUCAUCAUCAUCGUCCACUAACGAUCAAUUGAAUAUGCAACAGAAUAACCAGUACUAUUCUCAACUUUGUAGAGAACUGGAGACGGAGAAGAAGAAGAAGGAGAGUAUUGAAGAAUCGAAGUUGGUGAAUAAUGAUAAUAAUGGUGAAUUUUGGUGGAAUGAACCAAUUGAUGAUAUGGGAAUUGAGGAACUUGAAGAAUUUAUGACUGCAUUGGGAGAAUUGAAGAAGAAAGUAACAAUGAGAGUUGAUGAAUUGAAUAUGAUAAAUGGUUCUUCUUCAUCGAAUUCAACAAUGCAAAUAGCUAGAUUUGGGGCUGAGGAUCAAUUUUUGAAUCAGCAGGCUAUUGAUUAUUGUUCUUCCAUAGUUCCUUAUGAUUUUAAUCAGCCUGGAGAUGGCCAAUUCUGA